AAUAAUAGGAGCGAUUUCAACGUUUUCUUUUUGAUAGCACCGUGGUGGUUCCAUCCAUGGGAUUGGGACCUAGAACUCGAAGAUCUAGCUAGAAAGGGGAAUCAGAGGAAGAAGAAGGAAUAGCAGAGGGACCCAAGAACCUUCUACAAAGUUCUACAGCCGGCGGUUUUGCGCGAUGGCGAUCCUCUAUGCCUUGGUGGCCAGGGGCACAGUGGUGCUGGCGGAGUUCAGCGCUGUCACCGGGAAUACUGGCGCCGUGGCACGCCGCAUCCUGGAGAAGCUCCCGGCGGAGGCCGAGUCCAGGCUCUGCUUUUCUCAGGACCGAUACAUCUUCCACAUACUCCGUUCCGAUGGCCUCUCAUACCUCUGUAUGGCCAACGACACCUUCGGAAGGAGAAUCCCUUUUUCAUACUUAGAAGAUAUCCAAAUGAGGUUUAUGAAGAACUACGGUAGAGUGGCCCAAUUUGCACCAGCCUAUGCUAUGAAUGAUGAGUUUUCAAGAGUUCUUCACCAGCAAAUGGAAUUCUUUUCUAGCAAUCCUAGUGCUGAUACCCUCAAUCGUGUCAGGGGUGAAGUUGGUGAGAUACGCACUAUCAUGGUGGACAAUAUUGAGAAAAUAUUGGAGAGAGGCGAUCGGAUUGAGCUUCUUGUUGAUAAGACCGCUACAAUGCAAGACAGUGCAUUUCACUUUAGGAAACAAUCAAAGCGCCUUCGAAGAGCUCUUUGGAUGAAAAAUUUCAAACUCCUGGCGCUAUUGACUUGCUUGAUUGUUCUCUUACUCUACCUUAUUAUCGCUGCUUGUUGUGGAGGCAUCACUCUACCAUCAUGCAGAUCCUAGUUGACAGUUCCACAGUUCUCAAAAUGAAUCCUAUCAAUGUAUGAAUCGGAGUAUUCCAAAUUCGAAUUUAUGAGCUUGAGCAGGAAAAUUGAGAGUCUAGAAACAGUUACGUAUUUGUUGGCAUAUGUUUUUUCUCGUUGCUGUAUUAUAAAAAUUAAAAAUACAAGCUGGAGCCAGAUGAAGUCCUAUGCCAUUAUUGUGAGCUACCCAUUUGUAAAUGUGGAUUAUUGUAAUCUUUUAUCCAGGUUUAAAUUCUUUUAACUUUAUAUUUUAAUUUGUAUACGCUAUGACCUUUUUAUUUGCAGUUUGAUUAAUUGGUUA